CGUGCACAGAUAUGCAUGGGGUGUGUGUUGAGUGUGUGUGUCACACACACCAGUGCAGGAUUAAAGUUGGUAGAGCUGAUGCUGGGACACGCUGUUUUAUCAAUUAGAGAUCUCUGAGCCAGAGAAGCUGCUUUUCCACUUUCAUAUUAUCCAGAUUAAGACCUCGUGUGCACCAAUUCCGGAGAAAGAACUGAAUCAUUCGGUGGAUUUGUGUUAUGCCUUCCUGUUGAUCAUUAACCAGAGACCAUCACUUCAGAGAUCACCAUGGCUGAAGAGGAGCUCAUGUUCCGCAUGGAGGAGGUGGACAGCCUCAAAAGACCUCCUGUCAGCAGAUCCAUGUCUUGUGGACACUCGGUUGAUGAUGAUGACGACGACUUCUACAUCUGCCCCAUCACAGAUGAUCCCAUCAGUCCCACACAGGGCAUUUGCCACUACCUUAAAGAUCUCGUCCACCAAAAACAACUAUCUAAUUCCUUGCCCAAAACCUCCUUCAGUUACAAGAACAAAAACGAUCCAGACCCAGCGGUGCAUUCCGUCAGGUUUGGGUCUUUAACCGAGAAAGGUCGGGCCGCUUGGAAACAUGCAAUUCAGAAAGCAAAGGCAAUGCCAGACCCGUGGGCCGAGUUUCACCUCGAAGAUGUCGAGACGGAGCCCUGCGUUCGAUACAGGUACAGCGCCCUUACCGGAGAGUGGGUGCAGGACCAAGUCUACAUCAAGAUGUCCGCUCAGCCCUUCGGAAAAGGCGCGAUGAGAGAGUGUUUCCGAACAAAAAAGUUGUCCAACUUCUCCCACAGCAGCAACUGGAAAUCGGCGUCCAACUAUGUGGCCAAGCGCUACAUGGAGACCGUGGACAGAGAGGUUUAUUUUGAGGAUGUCAGAUUGCAAAUGGAAGCUAAAUUAUGGGGUGAGGAGUAUAACCGUCACAGGCCUCCAAAGCAGGUCGACAUUAUGCAGAUGUGUGUUGUGGAAAUGACCUCUCGCCCCGGGAAGCCACUUUACCACCUGGAGCACUACAUCGAGGGGCAAUACAUCAAGUACAACUCGAACUCAGGCUUCGUGAGGGACGAUAACAUACGUCUUACACCUCAGGCUUUCAGUCACUUUACAUUCGAACGCUCGGGACACCAGCUGAUAGUUGUGGACAUUCAGGGUGUUGGAGACCUCUACACAGACCCUCAGAUCCACACUGAGAAGGGCACUGACUUUGGUGAUGGAAAUUUGGGCGUCCGUGGCAUGGCCCUGUUCUUCCACUCUCACCUGUGUAACAAGAUCUGUAAGAGUAUGGGCCUCACUCCUUUUGACCUGUCUCCUGCAGAGAGCGCUCAGCUGGACUACACCAACAAGUUACUGCAGUCAGCCAAGACCGUACUCCGUGGCUCGGAGGAGCAGUGUGGCUCUCCCAGGGUGCGGACUACGUCUCUAAGCCGGGGACCCCCCCUCCUGUCUCGUCUCUCGGAGACGUCUUCCGCUGACGAUAAUAUGAGCGACACGGACUCCAUUCCCUGUUCGCCGCUGAGCCUCGGUGCCUUCGCAGGCCGCUCCCCCAUGAGUUGGCCAGGCAUACAUGAAACAGAUGACGCAGAAAGAAACAACUGGAAUCGAAAGGACUCUGAGAGCGGAGGAGAUAGCGGUUGUCCGAGUGAAAAACGCAGCGAAGGAGACCCAGUUGAACACCAUGACAGGGCCCGACCUUUCUACCACAGACAUUACUCUGAAUCGGAUGACGACAGUAUGCGUCGGCUGACGGAGGAAAAAUGGAGUUUCUUCCAUUCGUCCCGUGCCCACGUUCACAGGCCGUCUUGUGUGGCUGUAGAGGUGGAGAGACUGAACACGUUUCUCGAACGGAAAAUCGGAAAAUCUAUUCUGGGCAAGGUCUAUCUAGCCAUGGUUCGAUACCAUGAAGCAGGUCGUUUCUGUGAAAAAGACGCACCAUGGGACCAAGAUUCAGCUGUGUACCAUCUGGAAAGGGCAGCGAUGUGUGGCGAACUGGAGGCCAUUGUAGCCCUCGGUCAGUUAUAUCUACAGCUGCCACAUCACGUUCUACACGAGGUUGAACUUCAGGACAAUGAAGAGAACAGGAAGAAAGGCUUCCAACUGUUACUUCAGGCUGCUGAGGCUGGAGACAGACCCAGUAUGAUUUUAGUUGCCAGAGCGUUUGAUACAGGAGUAAACCUCCCGCCUAACAGGACUCAGGACUGGGAGGAGGCGGUGCAUUGGUACGAAAAUGCACUAAACAUGACUGAUUACGAUGAAGGAGGAGAGUAUGACGGCAUGCAGGACGAACCACGCUACCUCCUUUUAGCUCGGUUGGCCGAGAUGUACCAAGAAGGAAGAUUCAGCCUUACGGCAGAUCCUCAGAGAGCAGGCGAUCUCUUCACUGAGGCAGCUGAUGCCGCCAUGGAGGCGAUGAAGGGCAGACUGGCUAACCAGUACUACAUGAAAGCUGAGGAAGCUUGGUCUGCAAUGGAGGAGUGAAGGAACUGAUUCGACCUCCUCAGACUUCUAAUGUUGUUCAUUUCUGUGUGAAAAUAUGUUUACACGCUCUUUUUACAGCAUUUUAUUUUCCGGUGUGCUGGUGUGCAAUCCGGUUUUAUAAUUAGGGGGUGUCUUAAGCCACGCAUCCACACAAGCAUUUGAGAAUAUUUGGGUUCUCUUGUAAGCUGGUCAGUAAUUCAGAGCACAAAAGGGAAUGGAAGUUAGAUCAAUCUGUGAUUAAAAGAAACAAGGUAUACAGGUAGACUAUUAGCAAUGGCAGUGACAUCAUCACAUCACCGUCUAACGGUAUAAUAUUAAUGAGACGACGCAGACGAAUCAGCACUAUAUACUGUUUAUACUUACAAUUUUAGAUGCAUCAGUUGUUUCUGUUCCGUAUUUUGAUUAAUAUGCAUGUCAUGAGUGUCAGGAUCAAUAUCGUAGGCAAGAAUAGGACUAAAUCCCUUUAUUUUAUAUUAUUUAAUAUGCACACACACACACACACACACAUUGGCCCUGGUGAUAUCCCUGAGAAAUAUCGAACAAAUGUGAAACGCCCCCCUCGGAAAGCACUAUUGAAAACGGAUAGAUAAAGACAAAGUGAAUGAUGUAACUCUCUUUGCUAUAUUGUCGUCUUGUGGUCUGCCUUUCUUGGUUGUAAUACUGUAAUCGAUUAAACAGGCUCGGAUUCAAUUUCUGUUUUUAUCUAUCUUUAUGCUGAAGACAAAUUUGUGACUUUUGUUUACAGGAACUAAAACUUGUACAAUAAAAAUACAAGUGUGAACAAGUGCUA